AUGCUCUCAGCUGUCCAUCUGGCUAUUCUAGUGGAGCUGGGGACUCAUGCUACAAAGUACGAUAAUAAGUUAUCUAAAAAUUGCAGUUCUGAUCCUAUUCAGGUUUUUGCAAAUCACAGCAGUUAUUUGGACGCUUCGGUUCAGUGUUCAAACGAUGGUGGUCGAUUAGCUUCCAUUCACAAUGCUUUUACUAACGCACUGAUCCAAGAUCUAGCUGAAAAAGCUGAUACUAUGGUUUGGCUAGGUCUAAGAUGUCCCGAUGAGAACGCGAAAAAUUGUAGAUGGGACGAUGGCCAAGGAGCACCAGAUCAGUACAGCGCAUUUUAUCCAGGCUAUCCUAGUGGAAUCGCGGAAUGUGUGUUUAUGAUGAUCGACGGAGCACCGAGUGGCAAAUGGGUCACAGGAGAUUGCAAUAAUAUGCUGAUUGGAUUUGUUUGUGAAGUGGAAGCAAAAGCAUCUUGUGGUGAUUACGACCACUAUGGCGAUUAUUGCUACAAAGGCUACAACCAAACUCUGCCGCAGAUUGAUGCAGAAUCCCAGUGUCAAAACGAAUGCGGGCACCUUGUAUCUAUCCAUAGCGUAGAUGAAAAUCAAAUGAUUUUGGAUAGAUACACUGGCAAUGUGAAUUUUGUUCGAGUUGGAUUGCAGACAAACGGCAAAAUGUUUGCUUGGUCGGAUAAUACCACUUUCGACUACAAUAACAUAGGAUACAGCAGCUCAACGAUUGGCGAAUGUAUAGCACUGUCAGCUAUAGAUGAUGUGGUAUCCCGCGGAGAAUGGAUGUCCGUUUCGUGUACACAGCAAUUACCAUUUAUCUGCAAAAGGGAAGGUGACUGCUUUAAGUCUACAACUCCAGAAGUAACAACACCUGUGACUCUAGCUCCUUUAACCUGCAGUUCCCCUUAUUCCAUGGAUCAGAACGGAACCUUUUACUCGCCUGGUUUUCCGAACUCCUACCAUAACUCCAAAGCAUGUUAUUAUAUUCUCACAGUCGAACAAGAAAAAGUAGUGCAGCUCCACUUUGCUUAUCUCCAGCUCAGCCAAAGCAGCAGCAUCGGACUAUUCAACUCGAUCACUGAUUCUACACCAUUUAUGAAUAUAACAACAAGUGUCUCAUCUUCUCAAUAUUUCACAUCAACAUCAAAUGUGAUGAAGAUGAUCUUUGUAGCUGGGAGUGAUGGUGAUGGAAUCAACAGAUGGGAAGCGAAUUUUUCUCCAAAGGAGAAUGUGAUAACAACUUCGCCCAUGGUCACCAUCACGCCGUCACCAACCAAUCCUAGUGGUUGCAACCAAAAUUCUGUUGCACCUAUCAAUAUCACAAGCCCAAAUUAUCCGAGAAAUUACCCAGCUCUGAUGCAAUGUCGUUAUCAACUGACAACCGAUAGUAAGCACAGGCAAGUUAGAGAUAUGGUCACCAUGGGUGAUCAAGGAAAGUCUUAUUCAGGAUACGUUUGA